CGUCUACGCCCAAGAACAAAUCAGCAUAUGCAAUGUGUUAGCAGAGGUGCUCAAAUUCUAGUCUCAACCUGCGACCUAGAAAUUUAUCGAUGUCAUUGAAAUGCGCAUGGAUUCAAUUGAGGAAUCGAAUCGAAUCGAAUCGCAAGAAGCCUUAAAGCAACCGAAAGUACCAAAUAAAUGAAGCUGCAAUUAUGAUCGGCGACUCGAUGACAUUUUCGCACCUCUAUGAACACAACGUAAACCCUCAGGCCUCUUCAAGGCAUGACCUUCCAGAAUAUUGCGCGACUUUUCCAUUCUUAGUAUCGGCACUAGAUGGAUUAACUAUGAUGCUCACUCAGCACAUAGAACAUUAUUUAAGCCUAUUCACUUACUGUAUUCCCGGGGCGGAUCUUCAGGAGGUAAGGUCACAGGGGGAAGAGCUAAGUUCGGCUGAGCGCAUUAAGCUCGGGAAGUUAUACACGGCUUUUAGUAAAGAGACUCAAACUUCGGAGAUCUGUUCUCGGGAUUGUAAGGGGAGUAAAUGAUG